GUUGUAAUUAGGGUUUUGAGAGAGAGAGGGAUAGAGGAGGUGAAGAAGAAGAAGAGGAGGUGGUCGCCAUGGGGACGAGGGAGGUGUACGAGGAGAAGCUCCGCACGGGGAAUCUGUACCAUGACCCCACCAUUAAACCCGGCCUCGGCUCCCCUCGUUGCCCCCGAUGCCUCUCCCUCGUUAACCCUAAUUCCGGAGAAGGUGAGUGGGCGAUCACUUCUGUUUUGCACGAUGCGGCUGCGGUGGCCGGUUCGGGGGCCGGUGCACUGCUUAGCGCAGUUCAUGGAUUCAAUACGGGAAUUCCGUUUAUUCAGAAACAUGUGAGGGGUUCCAAGUGGAUGCACUUGCUUAUUGGGCUUCCUCCUCUUCUUUUGUACUCUGGUGCUAGUGCUGCAUUUGGAGCCUACGUUGUUCCAAAAUUUACCCAGCUCACCGUGACGUCCUAUUAUGCAGCAUCAAGUGCCUCACACUAUGCAAUAUCACAGAUCACCCGUUCCAUUGAAGAGGCUCAUUCAUCUCGUAGUCUUCAAGAUAAACCCAGAUGAGAUAUGCCAUUCAUAUCAGGUCAACAGAUGUUGUAUCAGAGGACUUUUUCAUAUUGCUUCCACGGAGACUUCUUGGUAGGAAUUGACUAUCAGAAAGAGCCCAUCAAAUUGGGAUUGCGUGAUAGUAGUGGCAAUGUAGUGGUGAAGGUAACAAGUAUCUUUGAUUGUAGAACAGAAACUUGCUAAUCUUUCCAUUUUAUUGAUGUGAUCAACAAAAAAAGCUGCUUAACUUCCGGUGAGUUGCAUAGGAUUGAAAAAGAAAGGGACGUUUUGAAGGAUAAGUGACUUUCUUUAGGACAGAGAGAUACUGAAUGGUAUUUGAGUUAUUUGUGAUUGCUUGAUGAUAUACCAACUAUUUCUAAUUGUUAGGUUGCUGGGAAGUUGUUCAGCAAAGAAAAGUAAUGUUUGGGUUUGUGCGAUAGAAGUUUAGGGGAUAAUCGUAGUCUUCUUGGUUAAGUGAUUCUAGAUUGCUUUCAUGUUCCAUUUUCUAUACAGUAUGAUUCAUAAUGUAAGGCAGAGAAACUAUGCUCUUAAGAAUAGAAUGUUGUCUACUGGGAGGACCAAAGUAGUACCAAGCCCAAUUUUAGAUCUUGCGGACGUCAUAAUUUUAAACAUGAAAGCAAGUUUAGGUCGGGUGAAUGUGGGAAUCUUACUUGCUCCACUGGUCUACAUGGCAGAAAAUUUUGGUAGCUUAAAAGAAAGGAUGGAAGUUGCAGAGUAGGCUUAUAAUUUACGCGUUUCGUGAAUGCAAACCUUGGCUGAACUCUUAUCAGAUUAUUCUUGGGUGCUUUUUGGUUGUUGUUUGCUUUUUUACUUUUGUUUCUCUUUCACUUCUUUAAGGUUGUAUGUACUUUGCGGUUGGUCUCUAUAUUUUUCUUCGUUCCCUUUGUUGCAUAUUGUAAGAGAAAAUAUAAAAACAAAUGGUACCCUUUCCUAUUGAAAGGAGAAGUUUGCUUGCAAACCCCAGCUAUCUGAAUGUGCUUUUAUCUUGAAGAACUGAAGGGGGGAAGAAUGAAUAAUGAAUGCCAUGAGCAAUGCCCAACUCUGACCUUAUUUUGAUGGUUA